AUGUACGUCAACGUCAAACGAAUUAACUUGACACUUGUUGACAAUAAAAAAUUUAGAUCUGUCCCUGAAAAUUACUUAACAUGAGCUGAUGUUGUAAUGUUAAAUUAAAGCAUUAACAUAAUUAUUUAUUAAAAAAUGGAUUUUUUUUCGGAAAUUAUAGGCGAGACGGUCAUUUUAGGGUUAGAUUCAUUAAUAUUGGGAUUCUGCGUGAAGCAGCUGAGCAAAUGUAAACACAUCCUCAAUGCUUUACAGACAGCACCAGUUCUGGAGAUAGACUCAUCAAUUAACAAAGAAUUAAAGAAGUUCCCCAAUAGCACAAUCCCAUAUGUCGUGAUAAGAGGACUGGUGAAGCCGCUUGGCACCCCUAUCACCAGUAAUUACAAUAACUCCAUCACCGGUGUGGUGCAAAGAUUAACAAUAAAAGAGCAUGUAAUAGCCAGAACAUCGGCAGGCUUCUGGUCAGACCAAACCCGGACCAUUCAUGAAGUGUGUAAUUCGACUCCAUUUGUUCUCAACAAUGGGAAAUACAGCAUAGAAGUUGUUGACGCACUAGCUGCUGAAUUACUUGAUAUGGACGUGAUUUCGGAUAAAUUCGAACCGAUGUCUCCUGGUGUUAUCGAUCACGUAUGGGGCUUCUUCUCCGGAGUGCGUCAGCGAGGACUCCAGACUAUGGAGGAGAUGCUUCGAGACGGCUCCUACAUUACUGCCAUCGGCGAACUGAGCAAGAGCAAAACAGGCGCACUAAAGAUCCAGCCUCCCAGAGACGGCCUACCGCUGUACUUGACCACAGCCACGAAAUCCAGUUUGUUGAAGAGGUUGGCCAGUUCGAGAGAUUUUUUGAGAAUCCUGGUGGUAAUAUUCGGUGCGGUGGCCGUGGCGGCCUCGUGCAGGGUCGCUUACAAGUACGUGAAGCGACGCAAGCGACGCGCGCUCGACGACUCAGUGAAGCAGCGGCUGGCGGCCGGGCGGCGGGAGAGACGAGCCGUGGCCAGAGAGAAGAACCUGAGCGAAGUGCAACUCUGCGUUGUCUGUACAGAGAAUCCUAAGGAGAUUAUACUCUUACCGUGCGGUCACGUGUGUGUGUGCGAGGAUUGCUCGGACAACAUCACGGACAACUGCCCCAUAUGCCGUAAAAGAAUAGAAUCCAGGGCGCCCGCCUUCAUAACAUAAAUAUUAUUAUAAUUAUUUAUUUAGGUGUAAGAAGGAAAUCGCUCUCGAAAACGAAGACAGAGUUAAUACUAUGACACUAUUUUUUACUGGUGGUAGGACCUCUUGUGAGUCCGCAGGGGUAGGCACCACCAUUCUGCCUAUUUCUGCCGUGAAGCAGUAAUGCGUUUCGGUUUGAAGGGUGGGGCAGCCGUUGUAACUAUACUUGAGACCUUAGAACUUAUAUCUCAAGGUGGGUAGCGCAUUUACGUCGUAGAUGUCUAUGGACUCCAGUAACCACUUAACACCAGGUGGAAAGUGAGCUAGUCCAUUCAAAAAAAAAAAUGAUCAUGUCAAAAGCACGUGUUCGAUUUUUUUGCUAAUAUUUUCGUCAUUGGAAUUUUUCCAAAUAUAAAAUAAACAUCACUGAAAUAUACCAUUCUACGGAAUGGCCGUUAUCUACCCGCGUUCCAAGAUGGCGGUGACUGGCUCUUCCGUUUUGUAUGCUAUGCGUAGUUGCGCGCCCCGUAAUCGGGGCGCGCAACUACGCAUAGCAAAUAAGUCUUUACUGUCAAUGUUGAAGUAUAUAUAUUUAUUUGUUGUUUGUAGUGUUUUCGUUUUGAGAGCGUCUCCAUCACUCAGUAUUGUGUUAAUCUAAUUUAGAUAAAAUUCUGCUGCACCUGAAUUCUUAUAAGUGUCUUUCGAUCGUGACGAUAAGAUUAAUUUUUAAGCUAUUGCAUAGCUUUUAUCGCGGGCCUUGAGCGCGGCGACCGAAUCAUGAAAUUCCGUAACGAAAAAACCUAACACCCCUCACCCCGCCUACCAUGUAGCUCGCGUUCAACACAUUCACACGUUGCGCUUGUGUAGUGUUUGUGAAUAAGCGCGUGGCGUGACGUCACACUGCAUGCGCAUCAUGAAAAGUCUGCCCAUCUCUCUCUCGCGCGGUCUAGCUUAUGAGUGUGAAGGGGACAGUUUAGGUUUGGCUUUUAUUAAUGUUUAGUGGUCUUUACGUGGUCUUGUUUUAUUAUUGUUUUAAUAUUAAAUUAUCAUUGUCUAAUUAUAAUUGCGUAAGUUGAUAAAAAAUGCUAUGCAAUAGCUUUACCGCGGCAGUUCCCGAGUGUUUUUUAUGAAAUGAUAUAAAUUUCAAAUUUUACGACAAUUUAUGUAAUGAUGCGUCAAUUAAGUUUUGUGUUCAUGACAACUCUGUUAAUAACGUUUUGACGUUGUAAUAGUGUUGGUUGGCCUUGAGGUCUGCUGGUCUACCAAUAUACGGUAGGCAGCGGCUUGGUUCUGCCCCUGGCAUUGCUGAAGUCCAUGGGCAACGGUAACCACUCACCAUCAGGUGGGCCGUAUGCUCGUCUGCCUACAAGAGCAAUAAAAAAAAAAAUAAUAAGCAUAUUAUACAUAUUAGUUUUAAAUAUUAAUUUUGCCCUAAUAUUGUAACAGUGUUAAUUUUCGUUUGAAAACUGUAAUAUUUGGAGUUUUAUCUAAAUCAGGUAACCAAUAUGUGUGUUGUGUGUUGAUGCUAAUAAUAUGUAAAUAAUAAUUUUAUUGUUAUUAAGAGCCUUUUUAGUGGCAUAUUGAAAUAAAUAAAAAUCUUUGCAGAUAAUUAAA